AUGGCUUCAGGGACGACUGAUUACAGUAAAUUACCUUCACAAAAAAUAUAUGAGGAAUUUAAUAAAAGGACAUGUUCCCAGACUGAGCAGAAUGGAGGACAAUAUUGUAGCGCGAGGAGGGUUGAGGCAGUGAAGGGAGGAUUGGAAAUAUGGGAUGGAACUUUGGAGCAGGAAAGUGUCGAUUUAGCCAGUAGAAUAGUGGAGAACCAUCAUUAUGCAUGCAAGAAGGAAGGCGGGGAUCCCCCUUAUUAUGAUCGAUGUGGUUUUUUAUACUUCUGGAUUGGCAACAGAAUAAAGGAGAAAGUAAGUAAUGACACUAAAUUCGAGAGCGCCAUGAAUGCAACUUACAACCACCUGGGAAGCUCUACCUAUGGGUAUAGUUGUCAAAAUAACUGCAGAAAACUAUAUGACAAUAUUGAUAAAGGAAUGUUCGAGCAUGCCAAAAAAUUGCACGAUUGGUAUUACGAUUAUAAGAAAUUGGGGAGUAUUGAUACCACUCAGUGUAAAAAAUAUUGCGCUAAUAAUAAUUGUACUACUGCCUACAGCGAAGCUAAUAAAGCAUAUUCAAACCUCACUACCAGGUGUAAAACUCUGUCUGGGUUUUCAUAUUGUGACGCACUUGAGGGGACAAAUGGUAGGGAGAAGAAGGAAGAAUUUAAUCAACCCCAAGAAUUACCAUGUGCCAAAGUACUCGAAUCAAAACCCAUCGUUUCCGAAACUGAAGUAGUGGCAAAAGAGGCGGUGCAAAUACCCACGGUCAAUGAGAAGCCCCCUUUGACAGAAGACAAAUUAGGAGAGUUGCCCUCAAGAAUGUUGUAUCAGAAAUUUAGGGGUGGAGGGCUUAAGGGUAAUUGUAGUAGUGCAUCCAUAGUAAGUGUAAAGAGUCAAGUGGAACAGGUACUGAGGGAGGGGGGGUUUGAUGAGAAUGAUGCGGAAAAAAUUGUCCAUGGCUGGUGUUUAAUACAUAAGGGCAUAGGUGUUGGGGACGCAUACUAUGAUGGGCGUUAUCAUUUUUUCUACUCGUGGGUCGGGAACCUUCUGUCUGAACAUAAAAAAGUGGGUGGUUCAUUUUCAACUGUCAUGAGGCUAAUUCACGGUGUACUGCAAGGAAUGUUUACUGGUGACGAGUGCAAACUCAUGUGCGACGAGAUAUACCUACCUGAAAAAAAGGAGCUCCUUAAUAAUAUGGGAAUAGUGUAUGAUUACAUUACGGACAGUUCAACCCUCAGAGCUCAAGUGGAGGGUGAUGAGAAGACUUGUGAUGAAACAUAUAGAAGUCACUUAGAUGCCAUUAUUAAUGCAUGCGGAGCUAUAAGUACACACUGUGAGGUUAAGAGCAAUGCCAGUGGUCCAUAUUGCGGUUGGUUCAAUGGACAGAGCAGGAAGAGUUAUUGCGAAAAACAGACGCUGGAAAAAUUAAAAUGCAAACAGGUGAAGUGGAUCGAAUCUCCUGUUUCCUCUGGCCCCGGUUCUACGGGAACUUCUAAACCAGGUUCGGUUUCAGCUUCUGUAACAGUUUCCGAAGAUGGUAAUGCCGGUUCUAUCGCACCUGGUGCUGUUGGUGGUGGAUUAGUUUCUGUAGCAUUACCAACCAUCGGUUUCCUUUUAUACAAAUAUACUGAUGUAUUUGAUGGAAUAAAAAAAUCCCUCUUUGGUGGCAGUAAUAAUACAGGAGGAAGGAGUAGGGGAAGAGGAAGAAGAUCUACCAUUGGACAUCAACACUUUGACGACACUUUUACAGAGAAUGAUUUUUCCACCCUAGGUGGUGGUGGUGGUGGAUCAUCCACCUUAGGUGGUUCGUCCACCGAUGUUUCUACCAUCUAUAAUGAUGAUGAUGGAGGACGACGUCGACCAUCACCACCCAGAGGAAGGGCAGGAACAAAUAAUAGAAGAUCAGGAAAUAUACGUUACUAUGCGACGUAA